AUGUCGUCCUCCUCCGACCCUGCCGCCACCCCGGCGCCGCAGUCUCCGGGCGUCGGCGGCGUGCCCCUCUCGUCCUGCAUCGGCGACCUCCUCCGCUUCGUCCUCUCCUCCCACGCCGCCGCCUACCCCGGUGAUGACCCGGCCACGCUCCCCCUCUCGCCCUCUUACUGCGCCCGCCUCCUCAACGACGGCGAGCUGUUCGGGAAGCUGGAGGCCUGUAUUCAGCAGUGCCUCGAGGAGGGGCGGCUCCCGGGACCGCCGGCGGUGGUCGGGAUUCCGGCUGCGGAGGAGGGGCCGGAGGAGAGAGGGUGGGAGCUGCUGCUGCUGGAGAAAGGCGCCGAGUUGAAGCGGGUCUACGAUGCUGUUGACUUUGAGCUGCAUGUUCAGGAACCCUACUUCACUCAACUCAGAGCUGGAGCCAAGAAGGUUGAAGGGAGAUUAGCAACUGGUAACUACAACCGGAUUACUCAAGGUUCUUUGCUGCUAUUCAAUAAAUGCCUCUUGCUUAACGUUGAGGCAGUUAGGAAGUACAGUUCAUUCUCUGAGAUGCUACAAGCAGAGAUAAUCUCAAAUGUCCUUCCUGGAAUUUCAUCAAUUGUAGAAGGUGUGAAAGUAUAUAGGAAAUUCUAUACAGAGAAAAAGGAGAACUCUUAUGGAGUUUUAGCGAUAUCAGUUUCAAAGCCAACAUCUCAACCUUACGUAACCAUGACUGAUAUCCUUGCUUUUCUUAUAUUUGGUCAGGGAUUGGGCUAUGAUGGAUUGGGUAGACUCCUUGGUAUGGCCAAAACAACUGGAACUGUUCCAGAUGGACUACCUCCUCCAAGAUCUGCACUGUUAUCAUCUUGUAUGAGACUACUCCAACCAAAUGUAGGUUCAACUCUUAUGACUCUGCCAAUUCAUCUGAACAUCUUGUUCUUGAAUCUUACAGAACUUCCACCAUUUGAAAUUUCCCUUGCACCUAAAACUGGCACUGUCUUGUUCAAUUGGAGGUGA